AAAUACUCACCCGAAAAAAACGGGGCCGUGAAAGCGACUAGCGGUGACGUUACACCGUGAAGUGUGCUGUGUUGUCACCAGCUGUUGUCUGAAGACGAAGGAGACGUGGAUGUGUCGAUUGAUUGUGCGCCGACACGAGCCGACCGGCAGCGCCUAGCAGCACGCCUGGAGCCGAGAGAUGUUACCGGAUGAAUGAUGGAAACACCGGAGUCUCGCCAGUCUGCCGGUGAUAGUACCCGUUACAUAACUGAAGGCAUCGAUAAGACAGAAACUGUGAUAACGGACUAAUACAGCUCGGAGUUGAAGCCAUUUUUCGCUGCCCAGACAGACCGUCACGCCAGCCGAGGUUCAAAGUAACACCAUUUCCACAUCGUGCUUUGAAGUGGCAAGACCGCCGUCAUGAACGUGGGCACGGCGCACAGCGAGGUGAACCCCAACACCCGAGUGAUGAACAGCAGAGGGAUGUGGCUGUCUUACAUCCUGGGCAUCGGCCUCCUGCACAUCAUCCUGCUCAGCAUUCCCAUCGCCAGCGUACCCGUGGUCUGGACCCUCACCAACCUCAUUCACAAUCUGUGCAUGUACCUCCUACUUCACACGGUCAAAGGGACGCCCUUCGAGACCCCAGAUCAGGGCAAGGCUCGUCUGCUCACACACUGGGAGCAAAUGGACUAUGGUGUGCAGUUCACUGCUUCACGCAAGUUCCUCACCAUCACGCCCAUUGUUCUGUAUAUACUAACCAGCUUCUACACCAAAUACGAUCGGGUCCAUUUUAUGGUCAACACCGUUUCCCUGCUCACUGUACUCAUCCCCAAGCUGCCCCAGCUGCACGGCGUGAGGAUCUUUGGGAUUAAUAAGUACUGACAAGGCGGAAGAAGACACCUCCUUCCUUUAGAAGUCCCCGUAGACUGCUGAGAGCAGUAUCAGGCCUCUGAUUUGGCUGCAGAUCCACAAAGAUCCGCGGCUGUCUGGCUCUAGUCUCUGCUGAGCAGCACUCUAAAUGAGGCCUGCUGGGGAUACUGCCAUGGUACCAAACUCCAGGUUAACAGAGCACACACAGGGAAAGUGUGCUGUCGGGAAUGUUUGUGGCCUAUCUCCUUUUGAGUUACAGGUUUUACAGAGACACUUAAAAGCAUAAAAGCGAGUAUUGUGAUAACCCUUUCUGAAGGAACGACAAUUGUGUGAUGUGACAGGUGUCAGGGGAAGAGGACAAUGUGUUUGCACAAAUACCAUGUGCCAUUUCACACCCACUGGCACACUGAGGCUGUCGUCGAAAGUUAUUUUGUAUGUAAUGAUACACUGCUGUAUUUAGUCAGCUGCUUCCUUUUUCUUGAGGUUCCUGGGCAGAGAGAAGAGUAACAAUACUUUAAUAAUAUGGUAAGGCACCAGGGAACUGCUUCAGAGGCGAGACAAGACAAACCACAAGGUUUUAUAUUUAGCCCUCGCUGUUCCGCUCGGGGCCAAGAUUGGGAGGUUAAGCAACUCUUGUUUUUAUCUGACCAUUUCCAAAUUUGGACUCCUCUUGUCCUGGUUUGUGUCACAGAAAGCCUCCUGUCUGCAGAGUCGUCAGGUCUGUGUGCAGAAAAUAUGUGCAAGAGCGGUCUACUGAUUCAACAUACAUGCAAGUCCUGCAAUAUGAGUUAAGAGAUAAGUAUUUCUAUUAAUAGUUACAUUCUGGGGACACGUGCUUGUCCCUAGAAGUACUUUGGAAUUGGCAGAGGCCUCAGUUGGGAGCCACAUCACACACUGAGUUAUUAGUUUAUUAGGUAAGCCUGUCCAAUCUAAUGCCUCCAAUAUAGUGGCCUUGCAGUAAAUCCUGAAAUACUUAAAGGUGUUUCUAAUGUUUUAUCCUAUUCCCACUCCCCAAUCACUUAUGAAAGGGGCAGAAUAUUAGAAACAUUAGAUCCAAAUCUAGAUCUUUCAAGAACAUCGUUCUCUCUUUUUAACCUGUCAAAAUCCUUUAUAGAGUCCAAGGAAUUUAGUUAUUCUGUAGUAUGUAAGUGCUAAAGGGAUCCUGAGUAAUGGUACAAAGCUGCAAAGAGCAACUAUGUAACGGUUCAUUUCAGAUGUUUAGGGAACUUGUGGGUUUUACGUAUUGCCAGUCUAUUGCAUGUGUAUGAUUUAUUUUUUAUUUUUAAGCAGUGGAAGGCAGAAAUGUCCAUGAGCCAUUUCACCAUGGCAGUUGAUGUGCAGUAAGUAGUUAUGUCACAUUUUAAGGAAGCCACAAUUUGAUUUAGUAAUAGUAAGCCAGAAACACAUAGUCAAUGAUUGAAUGUGAUAAUGGUUAAGAUUCAUUUAGUGUCUCCCAUGGGAGAAAGUUGUUUGAGAAAUGGAGAUUGCUGUAUCCAGACCUGACAUCAUAAUAAAACGCAUUAAAGUAAUAAUAGGAAAAAAUAAUAAGAAAAAAGUAAUGUAUGUACUCUUUUAGUUAUGAUACCAAACACGGGGAGACUGCUUUUAAAAGCUGAAAUUGAAUUGAAUUGAAAAAGAACAAAAUAAUUUCCCAUAUUUUAAAAAGUAUAAUUAUAUAUAGUGUAUGUGUGUGUAUACUUAUGUUAGGCCGAGCAGUGUUAGCCACACAUUUCGCUCUCAUCCAGACUGAUCUCGUGAAAUGGAGUAUGUAGGACACGCUACUUACUAUGCCAUCAUUGGCGUGUUAUCAAGUCGCAUACUCGCUUUUUAGAGUGUUGAUCAAUGCUGUCUGGCUGCCAUUGACUUAUGUAACCUUGUGAUUACAUGUGAAUUUACGCCGUAGCGAGUAGUAUGAAAGAGCAAAAAAUCAGCAUAGGGAGGGAGGUUGGUGGGGGGGCUUUCACCCAGGAGACCAGGGAUUGUGUCCCGUUUCCAAAGCUCAACCGUUGGUUUCUUCUUCUCCUAAACCCAACCGCGUGGCACGUUUCCCAAACUCAACUGUCGCUUUCUUCUCGCAAUAACACGCCCAAUGGCGUGUAUGUUUACGUCUGCUGUAUACAGCGUAGACAUACACACGAAUAUCUCAAAAUGCAUACAUAUAAUACGCCACUUGACUUAAGAAAGUUGGCGUGUAUGUUUACGCCAAGUCAUGAUGUCAUGUUG